AUGGAUCGUCGCCAGUCUAUCGUCACUGACAAGACCGCACGAUCAUCCGGUCCAGUCCACCGCCCGUCAGAUCCCUCCGGAGCUAGUAGGGGUUCCUUACCGGCAGGAGAGCUUUCUACGGAUAUCUCAACGGAGCUAUCGGUCGGAGAUGAUACGGGAAACGCGUCGCACCAGCCGCCGCCUUACUCAAGUCCUUCGGACACCUUUCAAGAUCUCCAAGCCCGCUUACAAUUACCGAAAGGCCCGCAAUAUUAUCCUGGCCUGCCCAUAUUAGACUAUCGCCAAUAUUUGCCGCCCUUGUUUGACCUGUCGCCAGAUAGCAUAACUAUCACCAGCAAAGCCAAUUAUCUCUCUGAAAAUGCUGGGGCUUUAGCUACGCUUGUGCGAAGCCUUGCUACGGUGCCUCCAAAGCCUCAAAUCAUCAUACAAGGAAACCGUGGUCGCAAACUCGACUUCAGUAUUAAGCUAAAUCUGAUGAACUUGCUCGUUCCUAAUGAUCCCAAGGACCGUCUUGACUAUCUCCGAUGCGUUAGUAAAGAUGAAGUAGCUCUUCGUGGCGGUAGCGAUCCCGGGCUGAAGCCCGACUUUGGUGCAGAUAACGGACUAGAGGCGUGGUGUGACCGGUUCGUCAAAGAUUCAACUACCAUAAAGAGCUUCACGGUCGAGCGGGUCGUAGCAAACUUCGAUACGAAUUGGUUAGAAGGCCAGGUGCGGAGCCUUGUUGCCUCUACAGACUAUAAAGGCCAAGUCACAGUGCAAUUCCUCAUCACACACGCCAAAGUCAUCAUCCAGAACCCGGACAAGCACAAUAAAUUCUUAACGAGCGUUACCUCUCUAUUCUCGAGCAAGAGCAAAUACGAGGUUGUUAAGGCCGUGUGGCCUUUCGCGACCAGUAAGAAUGGCGAGCAGGGUCGAAAGUGUGUCGUGCAGAGCGAAAAGACGUGGUGGGAGGAGUGGCGUGACCCAAUCAGAUUUGCCAUUGGGACGAAGCGUCAAGGUUGGGUUACAAAUGAGGAUAAACUUGAGUGCAUCAUGGAAGGCAGAGGAAAAGGUAUUAAGUUGAUUGACUGGGGUUCUGAAUUCGAUUAA